AUGGAAAUAAAAAAAUGCUAUGAAAAUUCAUGUAAUGAUAGAAAAAAAGAAAAUAUUUUAGAAAAUAAUAAAGUUGGGGGUAUAAAAAAAAUAUAUCCUCCAGAUAGAAAUGAAAUAGGACGAGCCGCAUGGAUGAUUCUACACACAAUUUCAGCUAACUAUCCAAAUAAACCAACAGAAGAUGAAAAAAAAAAACAUUUAAAUUUUUUUUAUUCCUUUUCCAAUUUAUAUCCUUGUCAUAUUUGUAAGCUAGAUUUGUUGGAUAUAUUAAAAAAAUACAAAUUAACGUGUGCAAAUAAAAUCGAAUUUUCUACAUUCAUUUUUAACUUACACAAUAUGAUAAAUGAAGAGAUAGGGAAAGAUGUUUAUGUUGCUGGCAGCAUUCAGGAUAUAAUAGACAAAUACAAGACGUCCGGUUAA